AUGAGCCACACCAUCAAUAACCAAGGCGAAAAGCUGGAGGUUGCCAUUGCUGGUGGCGGCAUUGCGGGUCUUAUUACCGCCAUCGCCUUGUUAAAGCACCCAGGGGUUAAUGUACGAAUCUAUGAGCGAGCAAAGGAGUUCAAGGAAAUCGGUGCCAGUAUCGGCCUUGGUCCUAAUGGUCUGAGAUCCUUGGAAGCUCUGGGAGUUGAGAACGCCCUUACCGGGAAUGUUUGCACCAGGCAGAAGUCAGACUGGCCUAUGAUCUUCCGACACUGGAAAACCGGAGAAGUCUUGGCUACAGACGUACACUAUACUGUCAAGACGAAGAAGCAUUUCACGGCUCGGUACCAUCGGGCUCACUUGCACCAAGCCUUGUUAGAGAAUCUUCCUAAAGGCAUUGUCCAAUUGAACAAGAAGACUAUUAAUGUGCAUGCCGAUCCGGACCGAGGCGUGACACUAUUCUUUGAAGACGGUUCAAGCGCGCGGGCUGAUAUCUGUAUUGGUGCUGACGGAAUUCACUCGAAUGUGCGGAAGACCUUUGUCCCUGACCAUGCUCUUCGAUGGACUGGUUGGGUAGCGAUGCGAGCUACUUUCGAGGCAUCACGCCUUGGAGAUCUCGAGUUUCCUGAAGAUGCAGUUCAUUGGGUGUUCCUUUGUUCUGCCUUCUUCAUAGAUGGUAUCACUGAUACCCAUUUCGCAGGAAAGGGUCUCUUCACAACUGUCGGCGGAUUCCAUGUCGACCCUAAUGACCCAAACGCACAUGGCCGUGACGCAAAUUGGGAUGAUCUUGGCAGCUUGGAAGAGUUUCAAGAAUAUUACAAGGAUUGGAAUCCUACCGUACGUGCAUUUAUAGAAGCAUGCCCUUCUAUCCGCCUCUUCCCCAACUACGCCGGCGGUCCCCUGAAGACCUGGUCUUUCAAAAACCGUGUCACUCUAGUUGGCGAUGCAGCGCAUACUCACGGGGGUGCUUUUGCAGCUGGUGGAUCUCUUGCCAUCAACGAUGCACGUGCCCUUGGCCUCGCCCUCAACCAUGUGUGGCCAGCCUCUUCGUACAAGGGAGAGAAGCCGACAGCCGAGCAGAUUGCCAAUAUAUUCCAAGUAUAUGAGGAUACGCGAAAGCCUCACAUUGAUAAGAUUCUCGGUGUGGUGCACAAGGCCAUCGCCGGCCAGAGGGCGUCGGUCGAGAAGGGUAAAGUUGAGACCGACGAGGAGCUGAGGCAGAGAGUUGCGAGCAGGAUGGACCCUUGGUGGAUCAGUGAACACGAUGUUGAGGAGGCAUUUCAGAAGGCUAUCAAUGGUGGAAAAGGGCCUGAGACUGACGGGUCACGCCCACGACUUUGA